UCAACCUGUUCUAUAACAUCACUCCCGCGAAGAGUAUCGUAUCUGUGGGGUGUGGAAGCUACUGCGGGUAUAUAUAUAUAUUGACCAUAGCUUGAACUGAGCAUCAACGGGAGUAGUUAUCGAUAAUGCGGGUGAAGUCGGUGCCCCCCUUGGCGGGGAUUCUGUGUAUCGGCCUCCUCUUCUCCUGGGCUGCUGCUGCUGCUGCUGCUGCUAAAGAUGGCGAGGAUGAAAUGGAUGAUAUGAUGGAGGAUUAUUUUGAGUAUUAUAUGCGAGAGUCAACUCGAUCAGAGGGAGGGUGCAAUAUGGAACUUGCCAGAAUGUGUUUCUUAGGAUUAUCGAAUGGUACUCUGACAGCAAUGGUAUCUAAAAAUAAAGAGAGGAGAAAACAUGCCUGCGAAAUGGUGUGGAAAACCAAGAUGUGUCUGGACGGUGUGAUGACGUCAUGUCCAGAAGAACGUCAUGGAAAGGACAAACUCCUGGAUCCAUUUGUCCCUCUUCUUAUUUCCGUUGCAGACACCGUUUGCGACAAAGGAAUGAACGCAGAAAAUGAUGAAAAUGAGGAAGAGGAAGAAGAUGAUGAGAAUGAUAAUGGUGUUGAUGAUGAUGAUGAUGAGGAGGAGAGAGAGGGAGGAGGUUUGGGCUCUGAGGGUGAAGACAUGGGCUGUGACAUGGAGAUGGUGGGGAUGUGCUUCUCCAAGUUCUUCUACACAGCAGCCGGCCUGUCCCAUCUCACAUCACCCUUCGCUUUCACUGAUGGAAUAUGCUGGCAAGCUGGAACUAGCCUGUCAUGUUUGUCAUCCACAAUGCCAAAAUGUCGUGAUGAGAAAGUUAGAAACCUUGUCGCCAUGAUCGCAGCACAGCUCAAAAUCACUCAGGAGUCUGCAUGCAAGAAAUCAAAAGGAUGUAACUUUGACAGAGCUAUGGAAAACAUGAGGGCCAUGAAAAAUGCUGUAGACUCCCCUUUAGUUCAGAUGGAAGGAUCCCCACUUUCAUGCAGUAUUUUUGAUGUAACAUUGGGAAUGGUUAUGGAUGACUUGAAAGACUGUCCACAAGAUGUCUACUCAAAGGUCAGCGGAGGGAUUUUUCUGAUUUCAAAGACCAGAGAGGCGUUGUGUGUAGGGAAGCACCCCUACAUACCUGUACCCCCAGUCCCAAUGCUUGAUGAAGUGACCACCCUGGGAGCUAUAGUCAACAGUCCAUUUGCAACAAAAGAAACAGUUUGCCCGUUGUUUGAAAUUGCCAUGAAGAAACUGAUGACGAUGAAGUCCGAUGAUGUCUCCUCCGACACAGUCAUGCAUUUGAUUGACAGUAGCAUGAGAAUGAUGGGAGAACUUUGUGCAGAUGAGCAAAUGUGGGCUCACCUGAUUAAUCUGACCAUGAUGAAUGACCCCACUCGACCGUGCUCAUUUAAAGAGUCAACCAUGUGUGACGUGGAUCGAGCACGGGUGUGCGUCAGACAGUCUCAGCUCGAGUAUCUAAUGGGGGAUGUGGAAAUGUUUGGUUGGGAACCAGUUUGUCAUGGAAUUGAAAAGAUGACCAGAUGUGUUCAGUAUAUGAUAAACGGAUGCAAAAAUCCCUCGAAUAUGACCAUAGAGAAGAUAGAUCCAAAAGUACGGCAGAUUUUCUCCCUGGCCGCGGAUCACUGCCCAGUGAAGAGCCUGUUGGAGAUGAGGGGGUCCUGUUACCCCAGUAAAUGUGAUAUCAACCAGGCCCUGGGCUGCUUUGCGAUUCCAACAGAGAGUGACAUUGCCUCGGGACAGACAUGCAGUUUUGUGAAUAAAACCCUAUCCUGUAUAAUGGAAAACACCAAUGGCUGUGGAAUGUUGGAGGCAGCCCAGCCAGUGGCCUACGCACUGAAGCAGUACGUUGAUUGGUUGAAGCCCUACUGUAUGAAUGUGAUGGUCGAUCAGAUGUUACAGUCUCUCCCUAACUGCACGGUUCAAUACCUGGAUGGAUUCAAUUUCCUCCUGGUCCAUUCCACCAACUUUACACAAGACUUCUGUGCCCUCCAUAUGCAUGUUUCCAGCCAUUGUGAAGAUACGAAGAAUUUGCCUGCACUACCAAGAUAUAACCAGGCCAAAAUGUACGCCAGGGGUGCUAUGAUUUCGUGGAUGUGUGAGCGCAAGGGAUAUGGUAAAGUGAUGAAUGAAACAACGAUGAAGAAAAGAAUAGAGGAGCUAUACAUGGAGUCCAAGGAUCUGACAGAAACAGAGAUGAUGAACUAUGGAAUGGCUGGCUCUUGCUUGGUUACAUACUUUUAUCGACUGAUGGAGUUCACCUCUCUUCCCAUCCCACAACGCAAAGGACUUUGCAGUGGCAUAGAGUACACCCAAAAAUGUGUCCACGAUCACUUUGCUAAUGCGAGUGAUGCCAGAAAACAGACAGCGAUGGAUGCAAUGAGUGUGGUGAUGAUGUUACACAAGCAGGUCUGUCCGGUGGAGAUGAUGGAUAAUAUGGAGAUGAUGGACAGAAUGGACAAUGGGGAGAUGGACAGGGAGCCCACCUGUAAUGUCAACGCCAGCAUGUGGUGCCUGGGUAAACUUGGUCAGUACCUGUCCACCGCCUCAGCCUUCCACCCCGACGCCCAGUGUGGAGCUGUGAAAAUGGCAAUGCAUUGUGUUUAUAACAAUGCAAUGAACUGUACUGACUCUGAAAAAGCAAUGGUAAAAGAAGCCAUGGAUCCCAUUCUGAGCCUGUCUGGGUCGUACUGUAAGGCUGACAUGGAGGAGGACUGUAAUAUAACCAAGGCUCUGGUUGAUCAGUUCAUUCCAAAGACGUGUGACAAGACCGCUGUUGAAAAUUGCUUGAACUGGUACAACAAUGCGAAGGAUUAUUAUGCAGCAGCCAAUAACACCAAAGCUAUCUGCAGCAUGGGGCACCAGGCUAUGUUGUGUAUGCAGGUUCACUUCAGAGGCUGUGAACAAGUAUACCUAACCAACACUGUAAAUCCUCAAGUAGAAAGCCUAAAGGCAGAGCUACAGUCCAAGUGUAUGGACAUGAUGAAAAAUGAGUCCAGUGAACAGAAAAAUUCCACCCAGAAAUGUGAGAUGCAACCUGCUCUUGUUCCCUGUGUUGGUGACAUUGAAUUGUGUUUCAACAGCAUGGAUCCAACAGAAAUAUGCUCAAAUCAAGCACAUUUAAAGUCUUGCAUCAGCUUAAUGAUGAGAGGCUGUGACAAAUACAUGGUGUAUUCCUACUCAAACUCCAUCAAGAUGAACCAAGAGUCACUGGAAGCUGUCAUCAAUGGAUCUUGUGACCUCCUCCCAUCAUCCUCUCUUCCCACAAUGCCAAGCAAUUUCUCCCAAGACAUGAAGUGCAUUGCAGGAAAUCAUGUGUUUGAGAAGUAUCUAUUCAAUAAUUCUGCAUCUCAGAAGAACUUGUGUGAAGUGUUCAUGAAGAUGUCAGAUUGUGUCCUAGACAACAGUGGCUCUGUGGCUCUCCCUUGGAGGAAAGCUCUGGAGUCUGUCAGCCAUUUGGUGAAGAAGCAAGUCUACUUCAGAUGCAAGGUUGUAGAUAAUUUGAAAUUGGCAUACCAGGAUGAUGGACUGAAUGUAACUGAUUUUGAAAUUCCAAAGAAUGCCUCCUGUGAUGUCAUGACAGCGUCAAUGUGUCUGAACAACUACGCCGCCUCUAACAUCUUCCCAGCAUUCUACCCAAUCAAGGAGAGGGAGAUGACAUGCAGGAAACGCAAGUCAGAUGUAGCCUGCAUCCAGAAGAGUUUAUCCGGCUGCCCGGCCGCCAUUAAGAUGAAGACCCUCCAUGUGAUGGACUGGUUCAAUAGCAUCGGUAAGAGUGUGGGAAUCUGUAACGAGGAACCACCAAGGAAAUGUCAACCAAAGGAGGCCAUGAAAUGCGUGAGCAUGCUCAGUGAAGGGGUCAUGAGAUUUGGAAUGACAAAGGAAGCGCCUGCUGUCUGCUCAGGUAUAUUUUCCACUGAGAUGUGUGUGAUAGAGUACACAAUGGGAUGUGAGGCGGAAGUCAGAGCUUCUGUGGAGGACGCUUACAGAGAUGUGUCGGCCAUUGCUGUCAAAACCUGCCAGAUGGACGGCGAGAGACUGAAGGAGGUCACAGUCAGAGAAGAAAUGUGUGAUAUGAAGAAAGCCAAAAUGUGCUUGACUGGAAUGUUUGAUGCAGUUGCUAUGACAACUGUUGCUACGGAAGCUGUGGAUAAUACGAAACUUUGCAGUGAGCUGCACAUGAUGGCUGAGUGUGUGGAGAGGAGCAGCAUGAGUUGUGGGGAGAUGGAGAGGAUGAAGAUCUCCGCCCACAAACCACUCAUCAUGGCUCUGCUCAUGGGAACCUGCUCCGAGCAAAAAGAGGAAAUGGAGACUUAUGAGUCUGGCCACUGUAAGAUGACCGCUGUGCGGUGCCUGAGGGAUUACAUCGAGAUCUCGGCCAUGGACUCUCUCUCAGACUACUGCAGACAAGUGCCCCUGACCAUGAAGUGCCUGUCUGAAGUGAUGCCGACCUGUGACAAGAAGAUCAAGGGCCUGCUGAGUAUGGCGGUGGAUCACAUCGGGGAGACAUCCAGGGGGCUGUGUAAGUCCGAGGGCUGUAACAUGGAGCUGGCCUCUAUGUGUAUGACAGAGGUGGGGGCCCUGUUAAAGAUGCCUCCCCAGACCUAUGCCGAGUCUUCUCUCUGGUGUGGAUUUGUGAAGCAGGCCCUGAGGUGUACAGAGAUGCACGGCCAUUCCUGUGACAUGAGACGGAGCCCUCUGUCAGAGUCGUGGUACAACUCCAGUAUGUGGAUGGUCCAUGUCCUCUGUAAGGACGACCCUGACCCUAACCCCAUCCUCUCUGUGGCCCCAGCCUACCAGCUGGAGGGACUGUUCUCUCUCCUGUCUCUGCUGGGAAAUCCCUACUCAACUAAAGAAACCAUUUGUCCGCAUUACAGGCAGAUGAUGAUGUCAGUGUAUGAGGCGGGCUUUGUCCUGAGCCCCGAGAUGUAUGCCCAGAUGAUACAGGUUUACAGUCUCCCAAUAAAGACAGUGGGUUACAUGUGUACUACUGGAGAGGAGGACUAUGUCAUGUCAGACAGGAAGGCCACCUGUGAUGUAAAGGCUGCCUAUAAGUGUGGGGAGGAAGCCAUGCUCCAUUCUCAUAUCACUAAUAGUAUUUUCUUUGGCUGGAAACCAGUUUGUGACGCUUUGGAAAAAAUGACAUGCUGUAUUCAGACCGUAACCAGUGAAUGCAUGGACCACGACUCGGUACUCGCUGUCAGCUCAAUGUACCAUGAGAUGUAUGCCAUUGUCGGAGAUAAGUGCUCUCCUCGAGACAUCUCGGCUCGAGUCAUGAAGACCUGUCCUAUCCCUAUACCAAAAAAGUGUGAGGUUGCUAAUGCUGUGAACAAGUGUCUAUUGAACAUUGGUUCUGAGGCUGAUAAAAGACAAAUCUGCACUGAGCUCCCAAAUGUUAUAAAAUGUGUGAAAGAGCACACGGAGGGCUGUGCAGCUACCCAAAAUGCCCCUCUGGAGUGGAUAGUGAGGAAGUACAAGGAGUGGCAGCAGUCUUCCUGUGACCUAAGUCGUGUGGAUCCCCAGGUGAUGGCCAAGGACGACACCUCAGAGCUGGCCAACUGUAGCAUGAUAUUCAUGGACAGCUUCUACAAGGGUCUGACUACACGGACCGACAUCAUGCAAGCUUUCUGUAUGUCCAUGGAAGAGGAAGAGAGAUGUCUGAGACAGGCCAAGCAUAUCCCCCUCACUAUACAGUUCAACCUGGCAGAGGACAUGAAUAGACAUGCGGAGUACAGGAAGAUGUGUAACAGGAGCUUCAGUAGCCAGCCCGCUCCUAGUGAACCAGCAGGUUGUAUGGUAGACAUGGCUUCCCUGUGUCUGGUGUCGUAUGGCACAAGUCUGAUGAACUGGAGGAUGGUUCCAAUGUCUGACCGGGUCUCCAUGUGUGGAAAAGCUCUGGACAUCUAUGGCUGUGUCAAUGCCAGCGUACAGGCGUGUUCCCAGCAGAGACAGGACAUGUUUAGGGAGGGCCUGUCCACGCUGACCGACCUCCACCGUGAGGUGUGUCCCUCCAUACUGCCGGCCAUUAAACAGAUGGACUAUGUCUGCAGCCCCGAUGUGGCCUCCAUGUGUAUCCAGCACUAUGGAAUGUACUUGAGUGGGGCCACUCCCAGCAAACAAGGCGAAGCAUGCAGUAAAUUCCACAAGACCUUGGAAUGUGUGCACAUGUCCACUAAGAACUGUUCUGAGGCGGUCAAGGAGUCGUUCUCCUCGUCUCUGGUUCAGGCCCGUAACAUGCUGGGUAACUCCUGCCCAUUGUUGUCCAGUGUCAUGUGUAACAUGGCCAGGUGGGAGACCACACUCAGUUACUCCAGGUGUGAACCGACCAAGGCGAACCAAUGUAUGCUGGAUCUGGAAAGUUAUUCCAGGGCCAAUAUGACUAAAAUGGACGGAAUGUGCAUGAAAUAUGCUGCCACAGUCGAAUGUGUUCUACAAAAUACGAUGACCUGUGACCAUGAUGAUGUCAAGGAAAUUAAUGUCACCAUGCAUGUGGUCAUGGCGACCCUUGGUGAGGAGUGCAUGAAGCUUGCUGCCUCACAGACAAACACUGAGAUACCUGAGGCAACCUUCCCCCUGCUGACAGCUCUCCAUGACUGUCGCCCCGAACCAGAGUGUACCACACGAUGGUUGGACUGUGCUCCAGAUAUGAAUGUCACUGUUGUUUGCAAUAAUGGAGAGGAAAUUGCCAAAUGCAUGUUAGAAAAGACUGUCGGCUGUGACAAUGGAACCAGGUUGUCAAUUGCCCAAGACAUCCGUAUGUUUGCUGAAGAAUUGGGGAAGUACUACAGGGGUGGGCGCUGCAACUUCUCAGAAAUUGUAAUGGAACACACCAACCCACUGGUUCCCUACAUGCACACCGACACCUGUUACCUGCGGUUUGCUGACAACUUUACUGCCGUCAUGAAGAACUCCUCCGCGACUCACUGGGACAUGUGUCAAGUUCUGAAUCAGACCAGGCACUGUCUGGAGAGGGAGAGCACAUACUUACCUCCCCUGCUACAGGGUGUGUGGAGGACAGCCGCACACAAAAUUGACCUCAACAGUUGCUAUUCUGGAUUUGCUGAGGCGAUGAUGAAGAUGAAUAUGACAAAGGAAGAGAAGAAGAUGAUGGCUAUGGAGAACUGGAAUAUGUCUCAGCUCUUCAACAGAACCAUGAAUGAGUCAUCCUACUGCAUGCAGGAGGAAGCCUCUCGCUGUACGGAGUAUCUAGGAGCCCUGGCUAUCUUUGGUGGAGCCAACCCCAUGGUAGAUAGGAAACACACCUGCAGAGACAUUGAGUUCUUGCAAAAAUGCAUCCUUCGGUCAACCAUGCAGUGUUCAACUAAGAUGCGCAUGAAAUACCUGAACACUGCCAGGACCUUGAACAACCUGGUCCAAUCCCAGGGCUUUUGUCUGGAGAGCAAGGAAGUUGCCAAGGACUCCUUCAGGGCUGAGGUGAUGAAGAUGGAGUGUAAAGAAAAAGAGGCUAUGCAGUGUCUGGGCAUGCUCAGUCUCUCCAUAUCCCAGCAGUACUACAUGAACUCCAAGAGUGCUGUCUGCUCGCAUCUUCUUCCAGUUGAGAUUUGUAUAGCAAAGAACACCGUUAACUGUAUGCCUCACGUCAGGAAGAACAUUGAAGCUACCUACAGGGACCUGAAGACCAUUGCUAGAGGUCUCUGUAGCUCUAACCGUAGGACCGAGUCGACAGCCAGGGACAAUGACCACUGCCUGGGUGACAUGCAGAUGGAGAGCACAAUGUGCAGUGUCCCUGAUGCUUUGUAUUGUUUGAAUUCACUCCAUACCAGAAUGCUCCAGACAGACGAUAAGGAGUCUGUCUGCAGAAUGUUGCCAGAGUUGAGGCAGUGUGUCUGGAGACAUGCCGGAGGAUGCGACAAGUGUCAGCGGGACUCUGUGUACUGGACCAUGCACGACGUGUUUCAGAGGCUGACCAGGCUCUGCCCCACCGCCACCUGUGACCCCUGCACCGCCCGCUGGUGUGUCGAUCAGUUUAACAUGACCAUGAGGGAGGGGGACAGGAGUCAGAUGCCUUGUGUGGAUGUGUGGAAGACUCAGCAAUGUAUGGACAUGAGUCUGACUGGCUGUAGCAAUGAAGAGUCCCACCAUGUCAGGGAGGAGCUGGGAAAGAGGCUGAAGCCUCUGGUACCCCCCUCAUGUCACGCCGAACUCAAGGCCUCCGAGUGUGCACUCCACUUUGCCGUCAUGGCCCAGAAGAUCUUAGGAGUGUCGGAGGACAUGAUGCCAGAAGCUGUAACAUCAGAGGUAAAGAAAAUGACUGAAGAAUACAUGAAGAACAUGCCAAAACCUCCAUCAUACGCAGAGCAACUGAAAGCCCUGCAGAGACUGGUGAAGAUAGUGAACAGCAUGGAGAAAUCGGAGACCUGUCCCCAGGAGUCAAAGGGCUGGCCCUGGGGUCUCCCAGAGGACCGACCCACACAAUGCAAGGAAGCAUUGUCAGCAGCAGCGUGUCUGGGGACACACAUACAACAGCUCCCUAAGGAAAAAAUACCAAUGGUCAAUGCCUCACUGCAUCUGAUUGGUCAGCUUCUGAUGGAUGAAUGCGAUAAGAAACUAUUAAAAUGCUUCAGUUGUAAGAAUGCCAAAUCAAAUGAGGAGUGUAAUAUGCAGCCAAUGGAAACAUGCAAGGGGCAUAACCAGAUGUGUUACACUGUAACCACACUGAAACCAAUGAAUGAAACUGAUGACCGAGCUAACAACGCCACAAAUAACAGACAGAAGAGGCAAGCCGUGGACCACAGGGUCAAGCCAGAGGAGCUGGGGUGGAUCAGUAAGGGGUGUGCCCGGAGAAUCCCGCUCCUGAAUCAGGAGACGCAGUGCUUAAGUGGAGGAAAGUGUGAAUACGCCUGCUACAAACCCGACUGUAACUACAUGUCUCACUCAGCCAUCAAAGAUGACAAGACCUGUGAUCCAAAGAUGGCAGCUGUUUGUGGAAUGCAUGCAGUGAGUGAUUUAUUUUCAAAGGAGAACACAGACUGUAGGAGAAUGAAACAGCUGUUGCAGUGUAUGCACCACCACACCUCUAAGUGUGUGUCCAGCGGUGGCCAGCAGAUGUAUAAGCAUGUCCUCCAGUUUGCCAGUACCCACGGAAUGGUCCGCUGCUUCGCCGAGCCAGAGAUGUGUCAGUGUGGCCGGUGUCUGACCCUCGUCUUCACCAAUCUGGCUCAGAACCCACUGCUGUCUCAGGACCAGAUCUGCAUGGCAGCAGCUGAGGCUCAGUCAGCCAUUGUGAAGUCAGUGAUGACACAGGAGUGCACAAUGGAGGACAUGAGUAACCUGUACGAGGCUACAAAGAUGGGCGUGUCCUUACUCGGCGACUCCUGUGCUCCUAAAUUUAUUGGCACCACACUCGGGAUACCCAAGUACAACAAGACCUGUAGCAUGAGAGCAGCUGAGAUGUGUAAAAACUCCACACCUUGGGAAGAGAGUGCUCGACAAAAUGACAGCCGUACAUGUGGCAUGGUGGGGAGGAUGUUCCUCUGUGUCCACCUCCACACUCAGGACUGCCCCGUGACCCGGGACGAGAUGAUGGCGGCCGUCAGCUGGAUGUCCUCUGUGGUGACACCUCUCAAGCCUUUGUGUGACUUCUCCAUCGUAGAGGCGGCCAUUAACGCCACCCUGAAGAGCAAGGACCAGCUCACUGCUGAUCAGAUGAAGACGAGGAUGAUGGAGGCAUUUAGAGAGCAGUCAGUGAGAGCCAAAGACAUGCUCAGCAACCUGAAUGUCCUACAGAAGACAGUGGAUGUUAUGGAGAGGGAACACAUUUGUAAGCCGUCACUAGCCAUGCACAACUGCUUCUUCAAUCUCGAGAACGUAGCACAGUCCCAAUUCUGUGGAGAAGCUAAUAAAACCCACACCUGUAUAGAAAUAAUGACUCGGGAUUGUAACCCAAUCCAAAGGGCACCUGUCAGCUACGUCUUUGCUGAUGUUCUGUUAAGGGACCCCAGGCGGUGCGGCAUUCCCCAACCCCGAGACCCUGAGGUCGCUAGAGAUCCCCUGUUUCAGCUGUCAGUUUGUGCAUCCAGCUACAGUUUGGCUGUACAGAAGGCGUACUCUACCCCGCCCACCAAGAACCAGACCCUGGAGAUGUGUGCAGCAGCAGUGGUACUGGACAGGUGUGUGUAUUACACAGAAGUCACACCCUCCGCCAAGGUCAUGGCAGGAAGCAUGGGCAUGCUUACUAAAGCUCUGAUGGACGUGUCCUGUAACCGAGUUCCUAUGGACUGGACUGGUGUGGUUUGUGAUGAGGACGAUGUUGUCUGUAAAAUAGCAAGGAACAUGUCAAAACCAGUGGACUGGCAGGAACCGCCCCCAGAGCCCAGUAGCUGUGAGUCUGCCCAUGCUGCAACAUGCAUGGCUAACUACGUGAUGAGACUGCUGACCUCCUCGUUCGCUCCUAUAGGGGAACAUGAUGAUAUCUGCUGGGAGAGGUUGUACAUGGAGGAGUGUGUUGUCAGUAAGACAGCCACCUGUACCUACAACAGGAAGCAGACGUUCCUGUCAACUGUCGACUGGUUCAAGAAUGUGACCGAGCCCAGCUGUUCUGUGGUGACCAGCCUUGAGAUGCCCAACUGUUCCCUGGCCCACAGGUGUGUGGAGAGAGGCCUGCACUACCUGACCCAGAGAGAAUCAUACCAAGACAUGGACCAGUUCUGCUGGGGAGCCUCAAAGAUUGCCCAGUGCAUUGAACAGCAUGCACCUAACUGCACACACCAAGAAAUGAUGAACGUGAGGGAGGGAGUAGAGAUCAUGGGCAAUGUGACCCACUUCUACUGUCCCCACCUGGAUGCCAUGAUGUGUCCCCUAACCAAGAUGGCAGGCACCACUCCUGGAGCCACCUGUCAGAUCAACAACAUGAGGAUGUGUGUGAGCAGGUUCUACGAGCUGACCAUGGAAAACUCGGCCAUGACUGAACAGAAGUACUGUGGACUGGUAACUGACACCAUCAACUGUGUAAUGAGGAACUCCAGUAAUUGUCAUCCUGCUUCUGUCCAUGAGAUCCAGGGGCUGCUGCGGCCGGGCAUGCUCAUUGCUAACUACAACUGCUCAGUACUGGCUCAGGUCUACGAUUCCUAUACUGUGUGUCCUAUCAUAGGAAACUGCUCCAUUGCCAUGGCAAUGGAGAAAAUUACGGACGCUGUUGCUCAGUCUACAACAAUGACUGGUUCCCAAUGUGGUUUGUUUAAUUCCGUUCAAAAUGAGCUGUCCAGGCAGACCUGUUUCCCACUAGAGACCUCCAUCAUCAACAAAGGUCUGCUUCAGUUCGCUGAUUACCUUACCAGACACUUCAACUGCCAAAGACAAACCACAGGGCUGUAUCAGGCCUCGGGGGUGACCUUUGACAAUAGCGACCUGGCCAAAUGUUCUGAUGAAAUGGGAGUGAGCUUAGGAAGCGCCCUCACCAGUCCAAAGUAUGGAGUGUGGGAUAUCUGUGAAUCGGCUCAGAGGUAUCAUGGCUGCCUGAAGUCUUUGUUCAGCAAGGCCAAGAGCACCCGAGAAAAGUUUAUCAUGAUGACCAUGAAGAAAUCAUACAUGGAUAUUGAGGGCUUUGUGAACGGAACAUGUGCUAAAUUAAAUAUGACCAGACUAACACCCUUAUCUGCUAAUGCUGCUGAUGAACCUGAAACAUGUGCUAAAGACCUGGCGGUGGGCUGUGUAUUGUCCUUCUCAAUGCAGGCGAUGCACAUCGGCCAGCUAAGACCUGAGGACACCGAGGCUUUGUGCAGGUAUCGAAUGGGUUAUUAUCAGUGCAUGAAGAAUGCUUCAGCAACAUGCUCGUAUGGAUUCACCUCACAGUUGCAGACCAUGUUCGAAUUGUCCAACUCCAUGCUGAUGCACUCCGAACAGUGUCCGGAUGAUGUCAGGGAACAGAACCAGCGCAUGUAUGAGGAGAUGUAUAUGGACAUGAUGUAUGGGGCGGCCAGGAACGACCUCUCUAUCAAGCUUGUGAUGGGAAUGAUUGCCGAGAGGGUGCAUAGCAAACAGGGCUCUGAUGGAGAGAGGGAAGAAAUGGACAAAGAGGAAAAUGAUAUGAUGAAGGAUAAAGAUGAGGAUGAUGAUAAUGAAAAGGAUGAAAUGGAAAAGGAUAAAAUGAUGAAAGAUGAUGAUGACGAAGAAACUGACAAAGAGAGAAUGAUGGAUGAACCUGAUAUGGAAGAUAUGGAUAUGAUGACAGAGGAUUGUAAUCCAAGACAUGCAUCCUGGUGUAUGAUGCAUUUCUCCUACUCUAUCCUCCAGAUCAACAAGUCCAACAUCAUGCAUAUUUGCAAAGAGUUGAAAUAUGCCAGUCCAUGUGUUUGGAAAAAUAUCAAGGGAUGCAGCCCCACAGCACAGUUCAUGGCAAUGGAUACGAUCAAACAGGUGAUGCAUUAUGGGAAGGGAAUGUGCAAGAUGGCUCUCUACAGAAUGUCAAUGUCAGAGGAGAUGUCAGACAAAGAGAUGGAAGAGGUCAGAGAAAUGAUGAUGUCCCAGGGCAUGCUGGAAAACAUGAUGGAAGAUAUGGAAGAAAAGAGGGAAGACUCUGAAGAAGACUCAAUGAGGAGAGACAUGAUGGAAGACAAUAUGGAUGACAUGCAGAAAGCAAAGAUGGAAAUGGAGAAGAUGCAUGCUGAGAUGAAGAAGAUGUUUGAGAGCACUGAUCAUGUUUCUGAGAUACAGAAGAGGGUGAGGGACUUUAUGUCUGAGGGAGGAGCCAUUAGAGAGAACAUGGAUGCCCUGAUGAAGCUCAUGAGUGUGGCCCCUGAAGAUGGAUUCUGCGUGGACCAGGCCAAAUACCGUGAAUUUGGUCGCUGUGACCCGGCCACUGCCAUGGAGUGCAUGUUGAGUAUGGACAGGGAACUCUUAGACCCAAUGUCGACCAGGGACCGACUCUGUCUAAAACACCAUGUUGCUGUCCGUUGCUAUGCAGCCAUGUCAGUUGGUUGUGAUCAUAUGACCAGCUCCAUGCUGGGCAGCAAUUUGGCGUUGAUGAUGUACAAGGUGGGUGACAAAUGUGAGACAACAUACACUUCACCUUGUCCCAAGAUGGAGAACGCAAAGUGUGAAAUGAAAGAGGCAGAAGAGUGUUUGGAAGAUCUCCAUCAAGUAGUGUUAGCGGGUCGUCACUUCUUGCCAUCCUCAGCCACCAAGAUGUGCAUGGUUGCUACAAAGACAAGAAAAUGCUUAAUGGACAAGCUAGCUCACUGUGAUGUGAAGACCAGUUAUGGUUUCCAUGAUGCUCUGAGACCAAUGAUGGAAACGUUGGACAAUGUUUGUAACAGCAUGCCAGCCCUUGGUUGUGUCACUUCCUUCCUCUGGAAGACAGCCUCCUCAGUGCUCCUGACCGCUGAUCUAGCCAAGGUGGGCUCUGUAGUACAGACCAUGAAAUUCUACACGGACCAAAACAUGAGUAUACCUGAUGCAAUGAAUGAAAGGUUGCAGAAGGAGAUGGAAGAUAAACUGAAUGGAUCCAGAAGUGAGGCGAUGACAAUGUUCGCUGGAUGGCUUGGAAGAGUGGUCGGUAAAGCUCCAGAGUGCAAGAAGGAAGAUGAAGGCAAUCAUGGAAUGGAAGAUGUGCUUAUGGGUGUUUCAGGGUUGAUCAAGCUCACCAUGAUGGAAGGAGGUUUAGUUGCUCCAGACAUGGCAUUCGUUGAACACAUGGAAAUGAUGAUCAGUAUGGAUGACAAGGAUAGUGUAAUGAGGAUGGCCAUUGAAGUCAUCAAUAAAACUCUAGUGGAGCACAAGAUGCAUCUCAAUCACUCUCUUCUUAUAAGGACAGCUGUAAAAGAAGUAAUCCAGAUGGGAGACAGUACAAAAAUGCUGCAGUUCUUCUAUGCCAAGAUGACCAAGGCCAUGUUAAAGAAAACCAUGGAGAAGAUGGGACUGAAAAUGAAGAUGGAUGAAGAAGCUGAGGAAGAAAUGGACAUGGAAAUGCAGAGAUGGAUGACUGCAGAAUUGGGAGAAAAAGUACGUGAGAUGAUGCCCAACAUGACGAAGAUGGUCUCGCCUGACUAUACUAUUUCUUACUUGUCUAAGUCAAUGGAAGCAAUGAAGAUGAAGAAAUGGGCUUCCUGUGCCGAGCUUGCAGAGACAGCGAACUGUCUGCAGCAGCAUGCUCACAUGAUCCCAUCCGAGUCCCAAGCCACGCUCAAUGUGACCAUGAGUGCACUCUUUGCAGUCGUCAAAGAAAUCUGUGAACCUUCCAAAUGCUUCCAAUGUAAUGGGAUGACAAAGAAUGAGGAAUGUAACCAACAAGGGAUUGCCAGUUGUGAGCCUGGACAAGGGUGUACCACCACCAUCAUCCAGGGAAAGAUCUACAAGGGCUGUUCCUAUCCCGCUGAUGACUACAAGGACGACACAAUGAACUUUAUGACCUGCUACGGAAGCUGGUGUAACCAGCCUUUGAUGACCACACACAAAGAAAAAGAUCCAAGGUGUCAGCCAUACACAGCCAUUCAGUGUGGCAUGGACCUGGUGCCCAGUCUGGUUUUGAAUAGGAUGCCCAACCUAAGGGACGUGUAUAAGGCUGCAUGGUGUAUGGACCAGCAUACUUCCCACUGUAUGUACCGACACAACCAGGCCCCCGGUCAGCUCGGACAAAUCAUAAAGCGGACCGCUCUAGAGGGCGCUUGUGCCGGUGACGAGUCUCAGUAUGAGUGUGGACUACGCAGUGUCAUGGCUCUGGCCACGGCCAUCAACAAACCAACAGUGUCAGGGGCAGCUAUCUGCUAUGAAUUGAACGCCACUCUGGUUAUGAUCAGGACAGCCCAAGCUUACAACAGGUGUGGUGAAUACGACUCCAUCGCCGUGUACGAAGGACUGAAAACCAUCAUGCAGACCCUGGGCUACGAUUACUGCCCCGGGAUGAUGGCCCGAGAUAACGCAACCUGUGAGAGGAUGAGCCGAAUGAUGUACGGAGAUCAGAAGGAGGCACAGUGUGAGGUGGAAGAUGUGGCUGAGUGUGUGCAGGAUCAUCAGAUGUUAUACAGCCUGGUGAUGAUGUCAGACAUGGAGAAAAUGAAAGCAGCCAAGGAGGCUAGGCCCAGGGAUUAUGAUCAAGUGUGCAUGGAGUUAUUCAUGGCCUCACAGUGUAUAGCCUCCAAGGUCCGGGGCUGCAGUCAGUCCCUACAGAACCAGGUGAUGACCAAUGUGACUAAGAAGCUUGGGUUCUUCAUCAGACACUGCCCCAUCUCCAACAUGAUGCAUGAGAUGUGUAGCCCCAACCCCCAUACAAUGCCAGUCUGCGAUAUUGAGUAUGCCAACAUGGCUUGUCUUAGGAGGUUUGAUGUGGAAAGUGAUAUCUGCAAAGUGAACAGUACUCACCUGAAGACGACCCUAGAGUGCCUGUACAAUCACACCACCGGUUGUUCAGCGGUCCAAGGCCUACCUGUGUUUAACAAGAUGUUUGACAUCAUUGCCACUAUGACCAUGAAAUGUUCUGUCCUCACCAAAGUCGUCCAAAAUGACCAGGCAAUGUACAGGAUGGCUAAGGAGAUGAUAGCCAAGAUGGUGAUGGAGUACAAUGUGAUGAUACCCGGGGACAGUAUGAGGGACACCAAGCCAAUGUCGGGGGUCCUGGAGGCCAUGUUGAUGUCUAAGUAUGUACAGAAGACCAACAACCUGACCGGGGAGGUCGUGUUUGCCAGCAUGUCACCCAUGUUGAUGAAUGUCACUCUUACAAUGGAGAGUGCAGCACAGAUGGCUUUGUUUGGAGAUGAGACCAAAGGAGUAGCCGCCUGUCUACUGGACCAUGAAGCCAGUUUCCGCCGGGCACUGAUGUACCCCGACUGGUUUGGACUAUUACACUGUGAGUCUCUGGCUGAGUACCAGGCCUGUCUGUCUCGCCAAAGCCUAUCCCCCGUGGCUCAGAUCAACGUCAUGAACUCGCUUAACGAGGUGAACCAGUUCAUGGACAUGGCAUGCAAGGACUACUCCACACAGGUGAUGUGGAAAGGAUGGAUGCUGUGGAAUAUGACCCAGAGUAUGGCCAAGAUGCCAGCGUACAAACAGUUGGAGGAGCUGUCGAAGCACAUGGCCAACAGUACACAGAAAGAAAUGAACCUGACAGCUCACCAGGUGGCCAGCAUGCUGAACGCCAGCAUUGAGGCUGUGGUUGAUCGCAUGCUGCAUGGAGGAAAUGAGACUUGUGAUGUUUAUGCAAUUGCCACUAAAAUCUCUGAAUUCUCUGUACAACUUCUUGGUCCAUUCACACCAAGGUCACAGUAUCCUCUCCUGUGCGAUAUGUUAAACAACUCUGUUGUUCCGGAGUUGGAGCCUCUGAUGAGCAGGUGCUCUCCCAGUCACCAAGGACUGUACAGGGCCAUCCUAGGAGUCAUAGUCAAUCAGACCAACCCGAUCUGUCACCAGCCGGCCAUGAACAAUGUCAGACCCCUGCCAACCUGUCAGGUGGAUCAGGCCUUCGCCUGUUAUCUAGGAGUAUUCCCCUACCUCAGUGGUGUCAAUGCUCCGCAGGAUAAACUAUGCAGAGCUUACCACUACGCGAUGGACUGUGCAGAGAGACACACAGCUUGGUGUAGCUCGGACCAGAAGCAGGGCCUGACCUACAUUCAGGAUUAUGUCCAGAGCGUGGUCGGGGAGACCUGCCCCUUUGUCCAAGCUCUAAAGAAAUGCUACACUGGCAUCAGUAACAAUAAUGAAUGUAAUAUCAGGAAGGCUAAGGAGUGUAUCUCUGUUCUGGGAGACUACAGUAAAGGAGUCACCAAACAAACCUGCAGCAAACUUCCCCAGAUGAUGCAGUGCUUCAGCAGUCAAACAGCGGGCUGUUCAUCGUCGGAGACUCAUGAUGCCGCCUCCUACAUAGAGGUCCUGAUGCCCGUGUACAAGGUGUUCCCCGUCUGUUACAGUCAAGACGUUGCCAAUGAACUCUAUCAAUCAUGCCAGGCCCCGCCCACUUGUUCAUUGAAGGAGGCUGGACUAUGUUACGCUCCUUUACUGAACAAGAUGACUUGCAGUGAUCAAGAGGCCAAUAGCAUCAGAAGCUGUGCCACCAGCCAUCUCCGCGGCUGUAACCUGAUUCAGCUUGAGAUAUUCGACUCUCAGUUAUGGCUGGGCCGACAACGUAUGCCCUCUUGUAAGGCCUAUACCUUGGACAGCUCUCUCUACCCUCUCUCCAUGACCGCCGAGGCUCAGGGCUUCAACCAGUGUAAGGACACUUUCCUCCAGAAUAUCACCUCUGCCCUGGAAACUGGCAGUAACAAUGUUGAGAAAGUCUGCUUUAGUGUGCUGAUGAUGUAUGAGUGUCUGAUGUACAACCAGCCUCAGGAUGCCAGGGAUUUCCUGACCGCGAUGUAUGGAAACUCCUUCCUCGUAACCAGUACCCUCACCCAGCAGAUCUGUAUGGAGGUGUAUCAAGGAAAGGCCCCCCCGGAGCAAUAUUCUAGUGCUGACUCGUCCUGCGACACUGUGGCAGCGGCUCAGUGUUUGGCAACUUACUCCGUACCAGUCAUGUUCUCUGCCAGCCUGAACAGAGACGACAAGACAGCGUUCUGCUCUGACGGGGCCUUCCAAACGUGUUUGUCUGUGGUGAAAUCCACCCUGGCUGGAUGUACUCAUGCAGAAACCGAGCAGCUGAGUGCUUACCAUAGCUAUCUGGAGACCAUCAGGGAGUUCUCUGGAGUGUGCGAGGGCCACUUCGCCGCUUGUGUUCCAAUGGACGCAAUGACUUGCAGCAUGGAAACAUCCGAGAAAAUGAAGACCAUGAUGGCUAGAAACAUGACUCGUGAUCAAGAGAAAAAUCUUAACUGCAGUCAUUUUGAAUCCACAAUGAAUUGCGUAAGAUCCACAAUGUUUGGAUGUGCCAAGGAGAUAAAGAUGGAGGUUCGUAGCGCCACCGAGGAGGGAUUCUGUAUUGCUAGCGACAUCCUGAAGUCAUGUGACAUCCUUGAAAUGCAGGAACCUAAGAUGGACUUACCAAGCUGUAUGAAUGACAAAAAGAAGAUGUCUUGUAACAUGACGGCAGCCUAUGGGUGUCUGAAGCAUCUGUACUGGGAGCUGGAAAAUCCUUUUGUUGAUUGUAAUACAAUGCAUGAACCAUACACUCAUGCCAUGCAGUGCUACAUUGAGAACAUUGGUAACUGCUCCAUGGGACAAAUGAUGGUGGCCAACAAGAUGAUGGGUAUGAUACACCAGCAGGUGGGCAAUAUCUGUCCCAUGAUUCCUGGCCACGCCUGCCGUGAACCACCGAGCUGCGAGGCUGAUGAGGCCCGUUAUUGCAUUGAAUCGUUGGAUCACUUGUUAACCAAAGGAGGAGACAUGGAAAAUAAUCACAUGUGCCUGGCUGUGGAAAUGACAGAGGCCUGUGUGUACGACAAGACCCGCCACUGUUCUAUGUUCAGUAAGGGGGCACUGGAUAUGGCUCUGACAGAGGUCAAGGACAAAGCAGCCAUCUCCAGGAGGUUACAGUGUUCCAAUAACCUUGACAUGUGCAUGAGCAAGUUCUACUACUCUUCUCUUGGAGUCCUACAAGGAGAAAUCAUGAUGGCUAAUUUAUCUAAGUUACGGGACCACGUUACAUCACAGAUGAUGUUUGACAUGACCAUGGGCAUAGACCCCAUGAUGAAGAUGAGACAGUGGAACAUGUCCCUGGACAAUGUGUCCUCCUCCAUCAUCCACAUGAUGGCUAAAGAAACCAAAAUGUACAUGGAUGCGAUGAUGAAGGACGGCAUGAGCAGCGAGGAGAAGAUGAUCGCCUUUGACAUGCACAUAUUGGAGCUGAUGACUCGAGGCAUCAAGAGCCACCAAGAUAAGUACCUGAAGGUCAAAACCAUGCAGUGUGCCGGGGCCAUGCAGGCCUUCACUUGUGUCGUCAAUGAACUGCAGAGGUCAACUGGUCUCCAUAGUGAUGCUGUGGGCUUUAUCGCUAGUGUUGGAUCCAAUCUAUACGUUGUUGUCAGUGACAUGUGUACGAAGGAGAGAGCCUGUGAUCUGGUGCAGGAGCCAAGCACCUGUCAGAUCCUGCCAGCAGCCACUCUCAUCAUGCUCCAGGCCGGGGCAGUCAGAGACAUGAAGACAUUCUGUGGCAUGCUACCCCACACCAUAGAGAAUGUGACAGCCUUGACCCAGGGCUGUAUGGAUGAGGACAUGGCACAUCAUUUACAGAACGCCAUAACGGAUAUGAAGCAGGCCAAGGACACGAUGUGUAGGUCACAGCAACAGUGUCAACUCACUGCCGCCAAGAAGUGUGUGUCCGAAUUCCAGGCCAAUCCUAGCUGCAGCUCCUAUGAGAGUUCCUUGCAAUGUGUCACAGCCAACCUGAAGUCCUGUGAUACAGAGACAAUUCGUCAAGUUGAAUUGGAUUUACAGACAGCCUAUGCAAAGAUUGCAGCCGACUGUGUUCCGAUGCCUGAUCUAGUGUCAAGCAUAAGUUCAAGGUCCACUGUACGUCUGGUCGAAGGAGGGUCAGAACAGUUGCUAAACCUGAGACUCUCAGAGUCCCCAAGUGACCAGUGUGAGUCUGGAAAAACUUGUAAGGUCAAGGUCAAAGUUCAACUCAACAGUGACCCCGUCUCCACACCAAAAUGCAUUGGCUCUCAGAAGCACAUUCCUCAGGUUGUUGUUCACAAGGAUUCGUCUGUGGAUGAUCCAUGUUCCUUUACCUUCACCGCCGACAACUGGGAGAGAGGGACGGGUAUACCUCUUGUUGCCAGCAGUGACAUGCUGUACGACAAGGUGCAGGACGUCAACCUGAGCAUGGUGGUCGAGAAGUACUCAGACGAUCAGCUGGUUCUCACCCGCCAAAUGUCAGACAUUAAGCUGGUGGCAGCGGAUACAGAUCAGCCAGCCUUCUGUUCCGCCUUUGAUUCCUAUAUUCUGACCUUUGAUGGAAAAACAAUGAAGAACAGAUAUCAAGGAGAGUUCACUCUAUACAAACACAGCACCAUGCCAUUUGAGGUGCAUGUACUGAACCAGGCCUGCGGCUCACGGUCACGAACCUGUACUUGUGCAGCCAUGGUGAAGUCCGAGGACGACGUAUUAGUGGUUGAUGUGUGCAACAAGGUGGGUGGGUCCCCAGGGGAACAACCGGUCCGACUGUACAGGAAUGGGAACCUGACAGAGGGGACCAAGAUCUACCAGGACAACGACGGAAAACUCAUCACUGUGGAGCUUCCUACUGCUGGAUUCGUGAUGAUACAGACGGAGAAGAACAACAGACUGAGUGUGUUUGUGGUCCCGUCAUCACUGGACUGGCUCAGAUCGGAAGGUUUGUGUGGUGUUUAUGAUGGCAACAAGAACAAUGAUAUGGCCAUGCCAGUGACAGGAAAUCAGGCCGGCAAAGUGGCGCAUUUCAUCAAAGGAUGGAGAAAUAAGGCAGGAGACAGCUUGUAUGUGGGAGCAUCAGCUGAUCCAUCAUACCAGCCCCCAGUGUACUGUACCUGUAGUGGGGACAGCAGCCUGGUCCAGAACCACUGCCAACCCAUGCUCAUAUCCAACACCUGCCCUCUCAAUGCAGGGAAAGACGUUACCGCUGAGCUGGUAAAGCUUUCUAUGGCUGCUGACAACAGGAGAACCAAGAGAGCAGUGACCAGUCCAUGGGAAGGACUGUCUGGUAUUGACACAAGCUAUGACCCUCAGGACACGGAACUUGUGGUAUCUGCCUCGGGUAACUGGACCCUGGAGACGGCCGGACAGUAUUGUGACAGUGUGAUGUCAUCAAGCUCUAUCAUGGACAAGUGUCAGACACUGGUGGGCACCAGUUUCACUGAGGCCAUCAGGGACAUCUGUGUCCAAACUGUACUGACAAAUGAUGGAACUGCUGGUUUGUCUGUAGAUGAAAUUAUCAAGAUUCAAUGUGAGGCUCAGCUAGACAAGAUGGCACCAGUCAGUAGCACAGACCCCUCCUUCCAGACCCUCUCUACUGAAAUCAUGUCCCUGGUCUGUCCCAAUGACUGCAAUAACCAUGGCCAGUGUAGAGAAGGCAAGUGCAUCUGUUUCCAAGGCUACAUUGGAGCGGACUGUUCCAUUCAGGAGUCAGUAGCGCCCUCUAUCAGCAGCCUGGAGGCCGACGGCCUGUGUUCUCUACAGAGUGGUGGCUGCUCCACGGUGCUGGUGUCUGGUGGUCCAUUCGCUGAGAGUGAGUCCCCUAGGUGUCACUACCAGGCCACAGAGAUGACCACAUCUGGGUUCAGAACCACAGGGAGUGUCAUAAACUCCAAUGCACAGUUCAUGACGUCCACCUUGCUGGUUUGUACCAUCCCCGACUCUCUGCUGGCAGCUACUGGUGCCGCUGUCUCUGCUGUCAGUCUGUCUGUCAGUAACAAUGGACAGGCUGUCAGUCAGUCCAAGCUCUUCAUCGCCUACCAUCCUAUGUGUUACAGCUGUGACAGCGCCGGACAGUGUACAAGUCUGACAACUGGCUGUGUGAUCAAUGAUAAGUGUUACACCGCCAAUGAGGUCAACCCCCAGAGUAUCUGUGAAUUUUGCGAUCCUAUCACAACCACUACAGGCUGGACCAGGAAAAUCGUUCCUGGAUGCCCAGGGUCAGUAACUAACCCACCCACUAGUAACCCAACGAACCCACCCACCAAUAGACCCACCACCCCCAGCGACCCUAACGGGCAGGGCAAUCAGGGACAGGGCAAGGAGUGCUCUACCCCAGCCACCGUGGUCGAGCAAGAUAAAACACUAGCCACAAUCCUGGGAGCCUUCGCUGGUCUCUUCUUCCUCACCACCAUGGUGCUUGGAUGUAAAGCUUGUCGUAGUAACGGGCAAACAAAAAGCAAUACACUAAUGUCAGACGACAAGGUCUCCAGUUCUAAUUCAGCGUCUUCCAUAGAAGAGAAAACUAAUCCCGCUUUCAGCAAUGACAUGCACAACGACAGCAUUAAGGAUGUUGUUGUCGACCCCAACUCUAGUUAUGUGUAUGGCCCUGUACCCACCAAAACUGAGCCCAGAGCCAAAGGAGGCGACCCCACAACUCUCUACCCUGAUGCAGAAGCAUCCCUAAGUAGAGAACAGCUAUGAGGCCUAACAACUAACGCAUAGAAAGUCUUCUAGUAGCAGUGGAAACUCUUCACGGCCUAGUAGUGUAGAAGAUCCCAAGGAAUAUGAUAACGUAGGCUUCUCCUCUUAUAGUAAACAAAACGUGUACAGUGCGGGUCCUAUAGUCGAGAACCCACCCUCAGCUCAGCC